UGAAAAUAUCUUUGUCUUAGAACUUGAAUAUAUAUGUCGAUACGCGCACAUUUACUUGUGGAGAAAUAACAAGAACACAUUAGAUAUCUAUAAUAUUCAUUAAUAUAUGCAUGAAAAACUAAAAUGCAUAUAUUUUCCCAACUUCAUAAAUCUAGUGAUAUAUACUCACAAUAAAUCCUAUAGCACUAGUGUAUAUCUAGUGGUUUUACACAUGUACCGUACCCCAGCAGCAGGCAGAAGCCUCCCCCUUUGUAGAGAGAGGUUCUUGGCUUUCUCUGCCUGCCCUUACAGCCCUCCACACUCUUUCGCCCCUUUCCAGUUGUCCAUGACCCCAUCCCUCCCUUUCACCACUGCCCCUUCUUCCUCCUCCCCCUAGCUGCACAGCCCCCUCGCUGCCAGUUUCCGUCAUAACCCGUCGUCCAGAGGGGCCGUAAGUCUCUCUAAUCUUGCUUGUGGCACUCACUCACUCUGUUCCUAGAAGAGAGACGGGAGGGAAAAGGGGACUGAGAGAGAUGGCCGGGUGUAGAAGCAAGAAUUCUCCCCAAUUCUGUCCCUGGGUUGUUUUCCUGGACAAUUGUUAGUUGGUAGUACGUAGUUGUAGACCACACACAGUCCACAGCCAGGAGAGGGACUGUGUGCUAGCUUAGUCGCAGUACCGGUGAAGUGAUGCUGCAAUUUUCUAUUCCCUAGGUCUUGCGAGCUGGUGGAUCAACGGAAUUUCUUGUUUUGUGCAGGGAACCAAAGGUGGCGGCGGCCAUGCUGCACCACCACGGUGGCGCCGGGUCCCCGUACAUGGCCCCGGAGACGGCUGGCACGGGCACGGGCACGGCCCCGUUCUCGCCGACGCCGACGGGGCUCGCCGUGUCUGUCACCGCCGCCAUCCCAGCCCUGCCGACGAUGCAGUUGCAGCCGGCGGGGUCGAGCGCUAAUUUCGAGGAAUUGGCAGCGGGCGGCUCCGGCGCCGGUGUGGCGGUCAGACUCCAGGACGAAGACAUGCAGGCCGACUUGGGCGCCAGCGGCGCGGGAGCGUCCGGCAACCGGUGGCCGCGCGAGGAGACGCUGGCGCUCAUCAGGAUCCGGACGGAGAUGGACGCCGACUUCCGGAGCUCCCCGCUCAAAGCGCCGCUCUGGGAGAACGUCGCAAGGAAGCUUGCAGGGCUGGGUUACCACCGGAGCGCCAAGAAGUGCAAGGAGAAGUUCGAGAACGUGGACAAGUACUACAGGCGCACCAAGGACGCCCGCGCCGGGCGCCAGGACGGCAAGAGCUACCGCUUCUUCUCGCAGCUCGAGGCGCUGCACGCCUCGGCGCCGCCUCUGCCGCCCCCGCCCUCGGGCAUGACCACGGUGCAAGCUGGCCCUCAUCAGCCGAUGGAAAUGGCAUGGACGGCGGGCCCUACGGUGCUGGGCCCUGCCGCCGUCGCCGGCCUGCCGGACCUCAGCUUCUCGUCGAUGUCCGAGUCCGACUCAGAGUACGACUCGGACGACGACGACGACGACUCUGGUGCGGGGGAGGAGGGCCUCAGCGGGGGCGAGUGCGACAGGGAGAUGAUGGCCACCUUCGAGAGGAUGAUGAAGCAGUUCACGGAGAAGCAAGACGCCAUGCAGCGCGUGUUCCUGGAGACGCUGGAGCGGUGCGAGGCAGAGCGCACGGCGCGCGAGGAGGCGUGGCGGCGCCAGGAGGUCGCCCGCAUGAACCGCGAGCGCGAGCAGCUCGCCAGGGAGCGCGCCGCCGCGGCCUCCCGCGACGCCGCGCUGAUCGCGUUCCUCCAGCGUGUCGGCGGGGGGCAGGGCGAGCCCGCGCGGCUCCCUCCGCACGGCGCCGGCGUCGUGCCCCCGCCGCCUAUGCCGGACUGCGCCCCUCCGUCGCCUCGGCGCCACGCGGCCGCCGCCUCGCUUCAGCAGCUGGUGCCCGUACCGCCCAAGGCGGUGGAGGCCUUGGCGCGCGCUGGAGGAGAGGGCGGCGGGUCCACGCCGUCGCGGUGGCCCAAGGAGGAAGUGGAGGCGCUGAUCCAGAUGCGGAACGAGAAGGGCGAGAAGUACCACGACGCGGGGGCCAAGGGGCCCCUUUGGGAGGACAUCGCCGCCGCGAUGCGGGGGAUAGGGUACAGCCGGAGCGCCAAGCGGUGCAAGGAAAAGUGGGAGAACAUCAACAAGUACUACAAGAAGGUGAAGGAGAGCAACAAGAGGCGCCCCGAGGACUCCAAGACCUGUCCUUACUUCCACCAGCUCGACGCCAUGUACCGCAACAAACACCGCAGCGGCACAGGCGGCAGAACGGCACCCAGAACGAACAUGGCCUCCGCCGUCGCCGUCGCAGCAACCGUGCAGGACAAUCCGAGCAAGCGCGAGCUCGAGGGAAAGAGCAGCAACGAUGCCGACAACCGGAAGAAUGACGAACAGGGGAACGUGCUUACUUCUCCCGCUAGCGGCGAUACAGCACCAGGUGGCGCCGCCAAAAACAAGACGGCAGAGGGCAAUGUGGAUGAUACAGAUGUGCAGCACCAGCACCAGCAGCGGUUCAGUGCGGACGAGACAGACAGCGACGACGACAUGGACAUGGCAAGAAACUACACAGUUUACACUGAAGAAGGCAACAACGAAGACAAAAUGAAGUACAAGAUGGGCGUCCAGGAGCGUGAUGUGAUCGGGAGCAGCGGCAACGUGCUUGCGCCACCACCAUCACCAGCAGCAGUAGCAGCGACGGCUGCGGCACCGACGAGUUCAGCUGCCCCAACGAGCAGCACCUUCCUUGCCGUUCAGUAGAGGGCAACGCUGCAGCAGGAGGCCCGGUGCCAGCCGAUCAGCACCAGUGCAUCACCACCUUUUGCGGCCCAUUAUCACCGAGUAUACUUGCCCUGCAUCUGAACCAUCCGAAUACCAUUUAUUGAUUUGUUCUGUAAUAAGUACCAGAUCAUGAAAACCCUCAAAAGGUAAAAAGAAGACAAUGAAGAACAGAGGAGGCAGCAGAGACGCCUAAACAGAAAGUUCUUUUCUUUUUUUCUCAUCAUAGGUCAUGUUAUACUUUACCUAUUGCUAACAAUUGUACAUUCAUGUCUCAGUCUCAACUUCCUGUAAUCUACUCCGACAGAAAUUGAUCAGGGUUUUGGAGUGGCGAAUCGACAUUAUUUCUUUCAGCCACAAA